AACAUCGCUUUAUACGAAAAUCGAUUUCAACUUUCCUUUAAAAGCGAAAAUGAUCAUUCUCUGAAUCAUUGCAACAAGUUGCCGUUAGUUAUAAUGUGUCGAAUGAAGUUGAAAUGAUAGUAUGUUCGUAUCCUUCUCUUGAAACUAACAGCUUAUAUAUUAUAAUAUUUAACUUUAUUUUACGAACUCAGAAAAUAUAUUAAACAAAUACUAAACCGCUAUAUUGUAUAAAUAAAAACUGUUAUAUACUGUUAAUGAUAAAAUAUUUAUAUUUCGGAUAAUAUAAAAGUUGGUUCCUAAUAUUUUUCUAAAAAUAUAUUCAAAGCAAUAACAUUUAAUCUAAAGUUCUCUUUAAAUUAAGUACUUAAUAUAUUAUGCGAACGAACUAUCGCUAAUCUCUUAAUGUACUACAAUUUUUAACAAGUUUUAAAAUAACUUCGUCGAAGUAGUGUCUUGAUAACUUUUGAUCUAUUGUUCCACGAAUAAGUGAAAGUUUAUCUAAAAUAGUUUACCAGUAGUAACGCAAGGCCGAUCGCCGUAGUUGAAACUGUCUUUAGCGAUUUGGGAUACCGUCCGUGAGUGGCAUUACUUGAACGCACAAAUGGGUGGAAAUAAUUGUAAAGGACUUCUUCCAGGGAGCUCUAAUGCUACGUCAAGCACAUCCGUCAAGACAGGUAAACCAGAGAAGUAUGACUAUGUUGAAGAUGUGGUGUGUAAUAAAACGGAUAUCAAAGAAAAUGAAAUGAAACUGUUGCCACUUGGAGAAAGUGGGGCAAAAGUCUUGUUGAUUAAACAAAAGGGGGAAUUACAUGCUAUUGGUACAAAAUGUACGCAUUAUGGAGCAUUACUUCAUACAGGAGCGCUAGGAGAUGGAAAAGUAAGGUGUCCAUGGCAUGGUGCAUGUUUUAACAUCAAAACAGGAGAUAUAGAAGAUUACCCAGGAUUGGAUUCUUUACCAUGUUUCCAAGUAAAUGUGGAUGAUAGCGGUCUUGUACGUGUGAAAGCAAGGCGUAAGGACUUAGAAUUCAAUAGAAGGGUCAAGAAGAUGUAUGAACAAGAUCCCAAUAAUAAUACCACUGUCGUAAUAGUUGGAGGUGGUCCAGCAGCUGCAACUUGUGCAGAAAGUUUGCGACAGGAAGCCUUUACAGGAAAUAUUAUUAUGGUUUGUAAGGAGAACACAGUGCCAUAUGAUAGGGUAAAGGUAUCCAAAACAUUUGAUAUAGACAUUGAAAAAGCAGUUUUGAGACCACUUUCGUUUUACAAAGAGCAUAAAAUUGAAACCAAACUGGGUGUAGAAGCUACAGGAUUAAAUACAAAUGACAAUGUUGUUCAUUUGAGUAAUAAUGAAAAAUUAACGUACAAUUAUCUAUUUAUUUGUACUGGAAGUAUGGCCAGGAAACCUGAUAUACCUAUUAAUUUAUCUAAUAUUUAUGUAUUAAGAGACUACACAGACUCUCAUGCUAUAUCCUCCAAAUUGUCAUCAGACAAACAUAUUGUAAUACUUGGAUUAGGUUUCAUUGGUAUGGAAGCUGCUGCUUAUUGUGUAAAUAAAUGUGCAUCUGUUACCAUCAUAGGGAGGUCUACAGUUCCAUUACAAACAGUUUUUGGUACAGAAAUUGGUAACAGAAUCAAACGCUACUUUGAAGAACAAGGUGUUAAAUUUAUAUUUGAACGUAAUAUCACACAGUUUGUUGCAAAAGAUGAUGAUAAGAACGCUGUAGGUACAGUUGUACUUACCAAUGGUGAAGUCCUCCCUGCUGAUAUAGUGAUCAUUGGAAUUGGAUCCAAAUUAUAUACAGAUUGGAUAAAGGAUACUCCUAUCAAAAUGUUACAAGAUGGCAGUAUUAUAGUGGAUAAGUACCUGAAAACAAGUGUUGAAAACAUAUAUGCAGGUGGUGAUAUAGCGUAUGCACCGCUCUUCGGUUCUGAUGACAUUUCAGCUGCAAUAGGUCACUACGCGCUGGCCCAUUACCAUGGUAAAAUAGCAGCAUUAAAUAUAUGUGCUAAAACUACUGCCUUAAGUACCGUACCAUUUUUCUGGACGACACUAUUCGGAAAGAGUUAUAGAUAUGUUGGAUACGGAAAACCAGAGAAAGUAAGAAUUCAUGGUUCCCUAGAGAACUUGGAAUUUUUUGCAUAUUACAUUAAAGAUGGUAAAGUUAUCGCUAUAAGUAGCAUCGGAGCAGAUCCUAUAGCAGCAGAUUUUGCAAACUUCCUGCACGAAGGAAACAUACUAACAGAAGCGGAGAUUAAUCAAGAUCCAUUUGGUUGGAUAAGAAAUAAACCGAAGGAUUUAGAGACUAGAUUCAAAACUGAAACUAUCGUAGAUCCGUGAAUCGAAAGCGUAUAAAAAUUAUUUAAAUGAAAUUCUCAUACCAGGACCUUGAUAUUGAAUUCUAUAAUGCAUUUUGUAUUUCUAUAAUCUAUUUUUUUAGAAUUUCUAAAUAAAACUGAGCCUAACAUAA